CGCGCCCGCUCAGCCCGCGCUUCUCCCGCCCGCCGGCAGCGGUGCCCUUCCCAGGCUCCGCUGGCUUCCUCCUCCGCUCGGGAGCCGUCCGCAGGCCGCGGCCCGGGCCGUGUGGAGUCCGCGGCGACGCGCAGCGGGCUGUGGGCGGCAUUCCCGGUCGCGUGCCUGCCUCCUCCUGGAGAGGCUGCGCUCGUGAGUGGCAGGGGUUCGUCUGACUCGCCGCCGGUCGCGAGGCGCGGAGCCCGCAUCUCCGAGGCCGCCUGGUUGAAGAGCCGCGUCACUUGCUUCCCCUGGGAGAGCAGUCGUCUCGGGUUUACCUUACCUCCCGUCCUCUCUGCAGACCACCAGGCUGCGUCUCCACUGAGCGCAGUACGUUUCUUCAGAGGACAUGGAUGAAAAUGAAAGCAGCCAGUCCUUGAUGACAAGCAGCCAAUACCCCAAAGAAGCAGUAAGAAAACGCCAGAAUUCAGCACGGAGUUCUGGCGGGAGCGAUUCUUCAAGGUUCUCCAGGAAAAGUUUCAAACUGGAUUACAGACUAGAGGAAGAUGUCACCAAGUCAAAGAAAGGGAAGGAUGGAAGAUUUGUCAACCCUUGGCCAUCGUGGAAAAAUCUGUCUAUUCCAAAUGUCCUCAGAUGGCUGAUAAUGGAGAAAGAUCACAGCGGUGUUCCCAGCUCCAAAGAGGAGCUUGAUAAAGAACUCCCAGUGCUGAAACCGUAUUUUGUCGAUGACCCUGAACAAGCUGGCGUGAGGGAAGCUGGCUUACGAGUCACGUGGCUGGGACACGCGACGGUCAUGGUGGAGAUGGAUGAGCUGGUUCUUCUCACGGACCCCGUCUUCAGCUCCCGCGCCUCGCCAUCGCAGUACGUGGGUCCGAAGCGUUUCCGUCGACCCCCGUGCACUGUGAGCGAACUGCCCCGGGUAGACGCGGUCCUUAUCAGCCACAACCACUAUGACCACCUGGACCACAACUCUGUCGUCGCUCUGAACGAGCGGUUCGGGAAUGAGUUGCGAUGGUUUGUGCCCUUGGGUCUCCUCGACUGGAUGCAGAAAUGUGGCUGUGAGAACGUGAUUGAGCUGGACUGGUGGGAGGAGAACUGUGUCCCUGGACGCGACAAGGUCACCUUCGUCCUCACGCCUUCCCAGCACUGGUGUAAGAGGACUCUGAUGGAUGACAACAAGGUGCUCUGGGGCAGCUGGUCUGUCCUGGGGCCUUGGAAUCGAUUUUUUUUCGCAGGAGACACUGGUUAUUGCUCUGGUUUUGAAGAGAUAGGAAGAAGAUUUGGGCCUUUUGACCUGGCUGCUAUUCCCAUUGGAGCUUAUGAACCAAGGUGGUUUAUGAAAUACCAGCACGUAGACCCGGAAGAAGCUGUAAGGAUUCACAUUGACGUUCAAGCGAAGAAAUCUGUGGCCAUUCACUGGGGGACGUUUGCCUUGGCGAAUGAGCAUUACUUAGAGCCCCCACUGAAACUGAGUGAGGCUCUAGAAAGAUACGGACUUAAGACUGAAGAUUUUUUUGUCUUGAAGCAUGGAGAAUCAAGAUACCUUAACACUGAUGAAAACUGAAUAAAUACGAGCACAGGAGCUUUUAAUGAAAAAGACAUCAUCUGAUACAUCUUUGAAAAGACUAAGAAAUUGACGAGUAUGAUGCUUUUUCACAUUUGGAAAGGACUUCCGCAAGUUGGUGUGUUAUGUUUUGUGUAAUAACUUGCUCACUGACACGAUUGCCAGUUCCUAUAAACGAAGAAGAGUUCAGGCUGGGUCACGUAAGGACCCAGCUGGCUGAUGUGGAUUCUGAAUCAUUCUCUGCCAUAAGCAUGGCAGGGGGAUUUUUUUUACUAAAGCAUUACACUUUAAUGGUAGAAUUUUGAGGUUGUGAAAAACUGAUUUUAAAGACAUUUCUGUUCUUAAGGGGCUUCUAUAAGGUGAGUCAAGGCUGUCUGCUUACCUAGAUUUUUGCACAUAACAUUUCUUAUAUUCACAUUAGAGAAAUGAUGAAAUUGACUCUCAUAUGCUCAUAGCGGUUUGCGCUCUAUUAGCAUUAGCUUAUACGCCAAAUGUUAAGUGAUUUUUUUUUAAGCAUAAAAACCUAGGAGUUUGGGCUAAGUUACCACUUUUAAAGACUUUAUUUUUAAAAAGAGGGGAACACUAUAUUCUACAACCCCCAAAUCAAAACACCUGAGCUGAGCAGAGGGAGUUUGUUCUAAGAAAAUGAUUUAUGAAAGUCUCUUGUUUUAAUCUAAAAGUCAGAUCUGCUAAGCACAAAUAUAGCUGCAAGGAAAUGAUAUUUUACUAAGAUAGAUGCAGAUCUUAAAUGUUAAUAGACCACACACUUUGAAUUAAAUUUUAUCCUCUCCACGUUCCAUUUUCUCUCCUGGUUUCUUAGCUCGAAAUAUAUCAAUAAGAUUUAUAAAUAUUUUGUUUUACAUGAUUCAGAUGUCUUCUAUUUUUAUAUUAAAUGGCCCUAAGCAUGAUUCUUUUAUUAAGCCAGUGUGGAACACUAGUGGUAAAAAAAAAAAGUUGGUGAUUCUGGGAAUCAGCUGACCUGAGUUUUUGUCCUGUAAGGGCUUGUGGUCCCUGGAUGGUUCUGAACCCUCCCCUCCUCAGUGGGAGGGCUGAUGAGGUACAGCAGAGGCCCAUUCUAUCUUCAUUCUGUCUUCCUGAUCCACAGUCUCAGUGAAACAAACUUUGUUCAUGCAAAAUAAUCAAAAUAGGUUUUCUGCAUCAAAUGCUACCCAGGCAGAGCUCUAUAGCACACAUAGAUGCAUGCCAUGUUAGCCACGCAUCUCAACUUCAAUCCUGCCUCCACCAUGGAUUUUGUGUACCCCGAGACAAGUCACCUAUGCUCACUGUGCCUGUUUCCUCAUGCGCAACAAGAGGAUAAUUUUGACCUACCUCCGAAAAAUGUGAAUAAAUAGAUUUUUUAAAAAGAAAAGCACUUUGAAAAUAUAAGAGAAAAUGAUUUCUUAAGAUAUCAUUGCCUAAUACAGACAGGUAGAUUUGACAGCUGAAACUAGGCUAAUGCUUUUGAUAAUAUAAUAUUCCUGCUGUAGACUUCGGCAUAUAUAUUAGGAUACAAAACGAUAUUAGGAUAUAUAUUAGCAAGUAACAACUUUAUCUCAUUUUGGAAAUCUGGAGCGUAAUAGCCAAAAUAAAUGUAAUUGAUCUUUAUCAAAAUUUAGCAUUUUUAUCAACAAAGAUGCAAAUCCGUCAAGGGGAAAUGUAUAUGUAAUGUGAAUGUAUGUGAUUUUGGGGCACUAAAGCACAAAAAAUUUCCCCAUAAGAUAAACCUUCAGGAAAAAAACUGAACAAGCAUAAAUGUUUUCACUUCAAAAGAAUAUUCAGCAAGUAGACGUGAAUCAGGAUGUUAGGUUUAUGGUGGAUUUGCUCUGGGCAGUGUUGCCCUGGGACCAGCCAGUGUUCUGUGGUCGCCUUCCUUGCUGUUGCACGCCAAACUGAAAAUUCAUCUCUUACCUCUGCUCCACGAAGCAAGUGCAUCUUGCUUAAUUAUUUCUGCUCCAUGAAUGGCCUUAACGUUAUUUUUGUAUUCACAUGUACUGUUAGAUGAGGAUCUCUAAGCACUUUAUGUUCUACUUCCACUUAAUGGGGCCUGCCUCAUUUUUCUAGGCUUCCUCACAAGCUUUUUUAUUAUUAGCACUCAUUCUACUUUGACGUUUUAUUCAUUAAGAAUACACCGAGGUUCAUCUCUCCUUAUAGACUCUCGCUCUGCUGAGUGGUUCCCAUUUUAUUUUUCACUUAUGUGCAAAGCAAAAACAAAUUUUGAAAAAUAGGACAAAUCCAUUCUCUUUCCUCCAUUCCGUUUAAAAUGUCAUCACACCUUUUAAUCUGUCUUAUCCUCUAAGUCAAUUUCAUUUUCCUUUUUGAUUAGCUGGCAUCUACACCAGUAUGUGACAUUUUACUGAGGUUUGCCCCUCUCCUAUGAUAACUGAGGAACACUGUCAUUCCUCAUUGUCCAAGAGGGGGAAACGCCAAUUAGGAGAAAUCCCCCCUAAUAAAAGCCAACAUGUGCCACGACCUAAGCAGAUAAAGACCCACCUUGCAUUUUCACGGUGCAGUUCUUUCUAGGUAGUUAAAAAUGACUCCCCUUUUUCUCUAGCAUUCUGACAUUUCAGACUGAACGCUCAGAUCUCUAGGAAAUGGGUUUAUUCAUUCAAACUAAUAACAGAGGAAAAGAAAAGAGUUUCAGAAUACACUGCUGUUAAAAGCACAUUGAAACCAAAUCCUAGUUUUUAAUGUGUGCACGUUUUGAAUAUAUAUUUUCAUUAAAUAAGCAGGCAGGUUAAAAAAAAGUAUAAAGAAAUGUGCCUUUCAGAGAAUUAAUACUUAUGUUUGCAUCACUGAUAAAAUAUUAUUCAUAGCUAUCAUGUGUACAUUACUACUGUAGCCAAUUGGGAAUUUACAUGUUUUCACCCUAAUACUGAAUCCUUUUUCUAUUGUAAAAAUAUUUCUCCCAAGUUUGAUUUCUGUAUCAGGAUAACCCUGAGAAUACACGUAUUUUUGUUUGAGGAUUUGUGACUUCCUAUGAAAAUCCAUGUAUUUACAAAUGAAAUUUAAAGUAUUCCUAAAGCUUUGCCUUAAAUACAUGAGUAGGAAAGCUUGUGCCUGCAGAGUGAUUUACUUAAUGCUAAGCAUGGUGGCAGUUAUGAACUUGAAUAUUAUAAAACCUGACAAUUAGAAUAUAUCGCUAAGUUGUUAUAGUAGCUUACAGAAUAAAAAUACCAUUAAGAAAGACAGCAGCUGAGAAAUUUGCAUAUAUUGUAAUUUUAGACAAGUAAAAUAUGGAUGAAAAUGAAUAAAGUAUCAAGGGGAGAAAAUAUGUAUAAUCGUGUGAGUUACUUUUUCCUUUUUAUUUAAAAAAAUUAUAAAAUUUAUGCUCAUAGUAAAAAAAUUCAAAUGGCAGAAGGUGUACAGAGAGAAGUCACUUCCCCACCCCCAGGAGCCUGAGUGCCAUUCCCGAAGCAUUCUGUCUGUAUAUAAGCAUCAAUAUUUUUCAUUAAAAAGAAAACACAUCCACAUUUCACGGAUGUCUUUCCACAUCAGCAUAAUCAGACCUGCUUUGUUCUUGUAAGACUAGAUAAUUGAUGUAACCCAUUGCCUAUGGAUGGACACUCUGAUUGAUCCCAGUAUUCUAUACAUAAUGUCGUUAUAUCCUGGCACAGUGGAUGGGAGCGGGUGAGAA